CGCCUGGCAAACCACGCCCCCCUUCCCUGUGCCCUGACCGCCUCUUCACCUCCUCUGCCGCACACGUCCAUCCACGCAUUUCUCAUCCACUCAGCAACGUUUUACUGAGCACCUACCAUGUGCUGGGUCUCCUGUUCUAGGCUCUGGGGAUCCAAGAAAAAGUAAAAGUCCCCGUGCCCAGGAGCUGGCCUUCUGGAGAGAGGCACAAAACAAUAAAGAACUAAUUGUAUAGCAUGUUGGAUGGUUUCAAGUGCCAGGGAGAGACAUUCCCAGUGUGAAAAGGGCAGGAGGGAGGACCCGGUGCAGGACGCUGUUGUAUAUGUGGGAGUCAGGGGCAGUUUCUCUGAGGAGAUGGCAUUUGAGCAGAGACCUGCAGGAGGGAGAACACUGGAGGAAAUGGCAGUGGGCACAGCAUGUGCAAAGGCCCUGAGGCAGGAGGCCUUUGUGCUUGAGGAGCAGCAAAGAGGCCAGCAUACCUGGAGGGGAGUGACAGACGCCAAGAUGUGCAAAAGAUGAGGUCAAGGGAGGCAGGUCACACCAUGUAUCGCCUUGUAGGCCAUGGAGGAGUUCAGUUUCACUCAGAAAGGUGGGCGUCAUUGGCCUCCCUCCAAACCGCGGGCCUGAGGGCUCGGCUCCUCCCAAUUCCCCGCAGCAGCUACGGCAAUGCAUUUGCUUGUGGUCAGCCUCCCGCCCCCUCAGCCGACAGGGCCUCAUGCCUGACUACUCCCGCCCCAGAACAGCUGUCCAGGCGGUUCUUCUCAGGACAAAAUGUCCUUGCACUUGCCACUAAGGCCACAGUGUCCAGACCCACCCCUUGUGUUCCACCAGCCCCUGAACACCUGUAACGCCUCAGGGCCAGGCCCGUGGCUCCUUUCCAACCGGUGAGGUCCCACCCUUCCAGCGGGCCUCCUGGCUCCACCCACGUCAUGAUGGAGACCCCGGGGCCAGCAAAGCCAGGGGGCCCUCAGUAGCUUCCUUGGGACCCUCCCGACUCACAGGCACCCUGCCAAGUGUCCGCCCUGUCCCCAGAACAGUCACAGACUUUGAGACUCAUGCCUCAUGGCAUCCAGGGUCAUCCCUUGGGGACAGCAAAGUAUGGCUACAAGGACUUAUCUUGAGGCUUGGCUUCCUGUGGAUGCCUGCUCCCUUUCUUGGUGUCUCCAAACCUGCUCUUAACCAUGAUGACCCGGGACUGUAGCCAGGUGAGGCCCAGGCUUCCUUGUCAGCCGUUUCUGGAAUCAUCUGUUUUCCCGUUUAUGACACCAGGGUGCUCUCCUCGACAGUCCUCACCCCUGCUGCCUGGUGCCAUCCCUUUACCCGCUCUGCUCCUUGUUAACCAGGAACAUAGCAAGCCUUUGCCCACCUCAGAGUCUUUGCACACACUAUGCCCUUUGUCUGGAAUAUUCGGCCUCCAGGUAUCCGUCAGCUCCCUCCCUCCCGAUCCUCCCUGCUCAGAUGUCACCUCAUCCCAGAGGCCAGCACUGAUAAUCUUGUAGAAAGCAAAGCAAACACACACACAUGCACACAGAGGCGCACACUCAUGCACUGAUGCAUGCUCCUGCACUCACAUGCGCACGCUCGUGUACAGGCCCCCAACACACACCCACGCACGUGCACACACGCACACGCACACACACUCCAGCAGCCUCUGUCCCCCUCCCCGUUUCACUUCCAUUGCUCUGGUCACGUCCGUGUUCUCAGCAUCAUGGCGGCUGUCCCCCUACGACGUCAGCUCUGCCGAGCAGGCUCUCUGUGCUCUCAGUUGCUGCUGCGUUCCUGGCACAGGAAGGGCUCCUGAGUGCUGGAAGCACUCGCUGAACCCGGAGUGAAUGAAUGAAGGAGCAAGUGAGAGGCCACCUGCCGACUGGGGUCCCCCAGCCCGAACCCUGCCCCUGUCUCUCUCCUGCAGUCAGCCUUCGAGGCAGAGGUGUCUGAGAUCAGAAUCAGCCAGAUCGAGAUUGACUUGGCCCUCAGGAAUCUGAGGGCCUGGAUGAAGGAUGAGAAAGUGCCCAAGAACCUGGGCCCAGGGCACACAGCUGGACUCAGCCUUCAUCCGGAAGGAGCCCUUCGGCCUGGUGCUCAUCAUUGCCCCCUGGAACUACCCUGUGAACUUGACCCUGGUGCCCCUGGUGGGUGCCCUCGCUGCAGGGAACUGCGUGGUGCUGAAGCCAUCGGAGUUCAGCAGGAGCACCGAGAAGAUCCUGGCUGAGGUGCUGCCCCGAUACCUGGACCAGAGCUGCUUUGCCGUGGUGCUGGGAGGGCCCCAGGAGACCGGGCAGCUGCUGGAGCACAAGUUUGACUACAUCUUCUUCACGGGGAACCCCCGAGUGGGCAGGAUCGUCAUGGCUGCCGCCGCCAAGCACCUGACACCCGUCACGCUGGAGCUGGGGGGCAAGAACCCCUGCUACGUGGACGACGACUGCGACCCCCAGACCGUGGCCAACCGCGUGGCCUGGUUCCGCUACUUCAACAGCGGCCAGACCUGCGUGGCCCCCGACUACGUCCUGUGCAGCCCGGACACGCAGGAGCGGCUGCUGCCCGCCCUGCAGAGGGCCAUCACCCGCUUCUACGGCGAGGACCCCCGGAGCUCCCCGAGCCUGGGCCGCAUCAUCAGCGAGAAGCACUUCCGGCGGCUCCGGGGCCUGCUGGGCUGCGGCCGCGUGGUCAUCGGCGGCCAGAGCGACGAGAGCGACCGCUACAUCGCCCCCACGGUGCUGGUGGACGUGCAGGAGACCGAGCCGGUGAUGCAGGAGGAGAUCUUCGGCCCCAUCCUGCCCAUCGUGAACGUGAGGAGCCUGGACGAGGCCAUCGACUUCAUCAACCGUCGGGAGAAGCCCCUGGCCCUGUAUGCCUUCUCCAACAGCAAUCAGCACCCUGCACGGGCCAAACUCGAGCCGCUGCUCAGGAAACACGUCCCGACUUGGGGGCUCAGUGGUAGGCUGCUACACAACCACACCCCCACCUGUGACAGCAGCCCUGCAGCUCCCAAGGUGGUCAAGCGAGUACUGGCCCAGACCAGCAGCGGGGGCUUCUGCGGGAACGACGGUUUCAUGCACAUGACCCUCACCAGCCUGCCUUUCGGAGGAGUGGCCCAUUUUACAGACGGGGAAACGCAGGUCCUACUGUGUGUGACCGGCAGAGCCCAGGUGUGUCCGACAUGCUCCCAGCUGGCUGCCGCGGGGCUGACUGCCGUGUCCCAUGCCACCGUACAGGAGCCAGUGGGAUGGGCAGCUACCACGGCAAGUUCUCCUUCGACACCUUCUCCCACCACCGUGCCUGCCUGCUGCGCCCGCCCGGGCUAGAGAAGAUCUACUCCCUCCGCUACCCGCCCUACUCGCCUCGAAACCUGAGGAUGCUGCUGCUGGCCAUGGAGGCCCGCAGCUGCAGCUGCACCCUGCUCUGAGCCUGGCUCACACCUGUGAGUCUGCUGCCCCUGCCACCUGCAGCCAGUGCAGAUGUGCCUGAGGCUCACAUCCGAGGAGGAAAAGACCACAGCCCAGACCAGUGCCUGCCCUCGUCCCCCCCUGGGGCUUCUCUCUGUGAGCCCUCAGCCUCCUCCUCCCUCAACUGCCCCCCAGCUAGGACAGGCCAAGGCAAGGGAGCAUGGGAAACAAUGCGGUAACCCGCUUCCCUGCCCCCACACUAGCCACUCGAGUCCUGGGAGAGGCCAGGAGAUGUGGACACCUCUGAGCCACCCCCCUUCCCGUGGAGGAUGCAGAAGGGGACCUGGCAUCUGGUCCAGGUCACACCAUGGACCUGCAGCGGCCUUAGGCCCUGGGCAGAAAUCCCUGCCCUCCCUGAGUUUGUUUCCCUAUCUGUACAGGGGAGGUGAUAACUAUCAGCACCUCCAGAGAUCACUGUGAGGAUUAAAUUUUGGAGUUCAAUAAUAAAUGAGCUGUGGAUCCCAGG